UUACUCGAUUCACUUCCCACCUUCCUACAACCUUAAUUAUACGUUGUUGUCCUCUCUAUCUCUCUGUCUCUAUGGAGCCUUGCCGCCGUUGCCGCCGCCUCCUCCUCCACACUUUAAUCCUUUUCUUCGCCGACGCCGCCAUGUCUCAGCUGCCGCCGCCCAACCAAGGAUCUAUUGGGGUAUGCAACGGCCGCGUGGGGUCCAACCUCCCGGCGGAACAAGAGGUGGUGGAACUCUACAAAGCCCACCGGAUUACCCGAAUGCGCAUCUACGACCCGAACCCGGCAACCCUCGCCGCCCUACGCGCCUCCAACAUCCACGUCAUCCUCGGCGUUCCCAACUCCGACCUCCAAUCCCUCCAAUCCGACCGCGGCGCCGCCCACUGGCUCCACACCCACCUCCUCCCCCACCACCCCGCCACCACCGUCAAAUACAUCGCCGUCGGCAACGAAAUCGACCCCGACAGCCCCGACACCUCUCGCUACGCCCCCCUCCUCCUCCCCGCCAUGCGCGCCCUCCACCGCCAGCUCACCCUCCUCAACCUCCACCGCCAAAUCAAGGUCUCCACCGCCACCUUCUCCGCCUUGGUCCGGGACUCCUACCCGCCGUCCAACGCCACCUUCAAACACCCGGCUUUCAUGCACCCGAUCGCACAAUUCCUCGCGGAGACGAACUCCCCCCUCCUCGCCAACAUCUACCCUUACUUCGCCCACAUCGGCGAUCCCGUCAACGUGCCUCUGGCCUACGCGCUGUUCGCCGGAGGUCCCGGUUCCGUGGUCCGGGACGGCCCUCUGGUCUACCGCAACCUCUUCGACGCCAUGGUGGACUCCAUGUACUCGGCGACGGAGAAGGCCGGAGCUCCCGGAGUGGAGGUCGUGGUGUCGGAGAGCGGGUGGCCGUCGGCCGGCGGGCCGGCGGCGACGAUGGAGAACGCCGACGCUUAUUACAGGAAUUUGAUUGCACAUGUGAGGAAUGGGACGCCGAAGAGGCCAGGGAAGGCGAUCGAGACGUACCUGUUCGCCAUGUUUGAUGAGAAUCUGAAGCCCGGAGCCCUAACUGAGCAGCAUUUCGGGCUCUUUUAUCCAUCCAAGCAGAUCAAGUAUCAAGUCUCCUUCUUCAAUGUUUAGACUAUAUAUAUCUAUGUAUGUGUGUAUGUAUGUGUAUGUAUUGAUUUGUGUUGAGGGAGAGAGAUUGUUUGAAUGGAGAGGAUGGAGAAGAUGAGAAAUGGGCCGGGCCCAGAUUUGUUUGGGCUUUCGGGCCUGUUAUUUUGAAUGGAUGAUCGUGGUGAGGUUUGGGUUUAUAUUAAACUUUUUUCUUUUUUACCGUA